AUGGGGUCCACUGUUCAGGACCAGGCGGAUAAGGGUCUGGAACUGGUAGGACUUCUACAGCAGCCGGGGGGUGGACCCUGCUUCCCUGGCCACUGGGACCACGAAGAGCUGUCCUCUCUUCACUCCACCCCCUCCCCUGUGCACAGCCAAUCAGAGCUCCCACAGACGCAGGCCAACCAAUCAGAGACCGCAUCUCCAGACAUGGGCGGAGGCAGAGUGCCUCAGGCGGAGGUGAUGCAGACUGGCCCAGCUGAACUGGAGAGUUAUAAACCAGGGCAGAGCGACGUGGACACAAGAGAGUGUACAGAUGACGCCGCCGAUGAGCAUGACACACUCGACACACUCAACACACAACCUGCACAGGAGAACCAGACACAGAACACACACAUCACACUCAACAACAAUAAUGUGCUCCUGAAACGGCCUGGAGACUGCCAUCAAACUCCACCCACUCAGAACCGGGUGCAGCUAUUUGCCUUGUACAGACACACAAAGAAUCUGAUUGGCUCACAGAAGUUCUACUCAGUCAGGAUUCCACUGCAGCUACAAUGGGAGGCGGAGUUUGUGACUGGAGUCGAUGCCCACUGGCUGGAUCAUAUGAACCAACACUUCCUCAAUGGGGCCAGCCUGAUCGAUGGAUUUUUAUGCCUUGUAGAAGACACAGCGCCCUCUACUGUUCAAGGGGUGUUCAUUUUCCAGGCUCCCCCAGAUGAUGCUGAGGUAAUCACACCCUAUGAUGCUAUUGUGGUGGAGCAGUGGACAGUUAUUGAUGGCGUAGCAGUGAAGGCGGACUACACACCACUCCUAUUGUCUUUGGCACCGUAUGGAUGGAAGCUGAUGUGUGUGCUGCCUACACCUCUCAUCCGCACAAACAGCGACGGCAGUCUGGCCACCAAGCAGAUCCUGUUCCUGCAGAGGCCUGUGCAGCUGCGCAGGAGGAGGGAGCGCCGGAAGCUGCUCUUCAGAGGGUUGAACAGGACAAAGAGAAACUCGCUCAACUGUGGAACAGAAGAUGCUGAAACAGGAUGGGCAUUAUCUCCCCAGAGGGUAGAGGAAGAAGAGGAGGAAGAGACAGAUGGAGAAGGAGAAAUGGAAGAGGAGGAGGAAGAGACAGACGAAAGAAAAGAAGGGAUGGUUGAGGAGGAGGGCAUGAACCAGGAAAGUACAAAGAGUGCGGAGAGAGUCAGCCAAUCAGAACCUCCGGAUGAAAGAGAAGAGAGUGGGGACACAGAGGACAAUCAGGAAGUAGUGGGAGGGGCAAGUGAAUGCACCAAUAAGAAUGGCCAGAGUGAAGAAGAGGAGGAGCUGAAACAGGAAGAGGAAGUGAGGCAAUGUGCCACGCAUGCACUGUUCUCCGGGGUUUGCUGAUAGGAGUGACACCGCCUCCAUCAUAUCAACCACCAACACUCCGACACACUGAAAAUGUGGAAUACGAGCGUGUGUGUGUGUAAAGCCCAAAUUC